AUGACCAACCCCAUGGUGUCACUGUUGACUGAUAAUAAGCUCAAUGGAGCUAACUUUAUCAAAUGGAGAGAGAACAUUAACAUUGCUCUCAUUGGUGAGAAUGCCCAGUUUAUGUUGACUGAAGAGGCUCCUGAGCAGCCAAAUGAGAAUGCAACCAAGGAAGUGAAAGAAAAGUUUGAGCGUUGGUUUGCUAACACUCUCACGACUGCAGAAUUCAUGAACCAGUUAACUGAACUAUUCAGGAUGUCAUCAAUUCAAGCUCGCUUUGAAGCGACUAAGAAUUUCAUCAAUGCACGGAUGAAACAUCAUCAGAGCGUCCGUGAUCACCUUCUCCAGAUGACUAGUUACUUCUAG